AUGCAUCAGGACAUGAAGGUGUGGAAGCAGGUGUUCCAGGAAUUAAUCCGGGAAGUGAAACCAUGGCACACAUGGAAACUGACACUAGACAAAAGCCUUCUUCCUAACAUCCUGAAGCCAGGGUGGGCACAAUACCAGCAGUGGACCUUUGCCAGGUUCCAGUGCUCCUCGUGCUCUCGAAGUUGGGCCUCUGCCCAAGUUCAGGUCCUUUUCCACAUGCACUGGAGUGAGGGGGAAUCCAGGGGCCAGGUGAAGAUGAGGGUCUUUGCCCAGAGAUGUCAGAAGUGCUCCCAGCCUUCGUUUGAGGUUCCCAAGUUCACAGAAGAGAACAUCUCAAGGAUCCUGAACAACCUGGUGUUGCGAAUUCUGAAGAAAUGCUAUAGAGAAGGAUUUACGUUGGUGGAGAUCCCUAUGAUCAAGGAAAUCUCUCUUGAAGGGCCACAUGACAGUGACAAUUGCGAGGCAUGUCUGCAGGGCUUUUGUGUGCAGACUGCAAGCCUCCCCACUUCCUGGAGCCCGAGAGCAAACACCAACGUCCAGGCCGAGAGAAGAGACCAGAACUGCUUCAACGAUUGCACUUUCUAUUCCCACACAGCCCAGCACACCAGGAGCUUAGGCGUGAGCUGCUGCUGUCUCAUCCUAAUCAUCAUCAUUGUCAUUGUGGUAAAAACCACUAUCUGA